CAGGCUUAUAACAGUUCCCCGGUUGCGCUGUUUAAAAAUCAUACACUCGGUAUUUAUAUCAUUUAGUGAAAGUCAGUUGGAAAAAUGGAGUUUCGAGCGAACAAACGCAUUAAACUAAGGCAACACAAUGACUACUAGAUCUACGGACAGCCAGGAACCAGGACAAACAACAUCCGUACACACGGAAGAAGUCGAUGAGACGAGUACCGAAACUAAAGAACAUAGCGACACUGCACACGAGUACAAUUCACAAGAUGCAGCAGAAAAUAUGUUGAACAGUGAAUCAUCGGAUAUCGAUGAUAGUGACAAUGACAAAGACUAUAUUCCGGAAGAAGGCGAUGCAUCGUCAGAUGAGUCGAUAGUUGUCGAACUCAUACCAAACAUUCAAAGAUUUCAAAAGAAGACAGCGUCAACACUACCUCCUGUUGAAUCCUUGCAAUCUCGUGAACGUGACGAAUCAUCCGCAGAGGCACACAAAACCAACAUCACCAUCGCUUAAACAAAUAACAGUGAAU